CUCGUGUUUGGCAAGUCGAUUUGAAGCAGGAAGUAAAGCUAAACUAGUCAACAGCGCAUGCGCAACUUCUUCAGAAUCUCAGGAUGUAAAUUCCUCUCAACCGCAACAUGAAAUUCUGUAGCAAGUAAUAUUUCAAGGCUGACAAAACACGACAGCGUGAUGGCAACGACUGAAGAUGGAGCCAUGUCCACUGGGGAAGCAGUGGUGGUGAAGACUGAUGGUGAAAGUAACACAGAGUUUCUCAAUAAAGGCCAGGUCAUCUUUCAGCUCCAGUCCAUUACUGCAGGAGAAAAAUCUGAUGAAACUGGGGCGCCAGUCAUGACAGAUGAAGCACAUCCAGAAGAGACUGAGGAAGGUGAUGUUGAAAUUUGCUGUCCUAUAACAUGUGGUGACAGUAAAGCAAUGUUACUAGUGAAGAAAUUUGUGUGCCCAGGAAUCAAUGUAAAAUGCGUGAAGUAUGACGAUCAGCUGAUCAGUCCAAAGCAGUUUGUACAUAUUUCUGGAAAAGCCACUCUGAAAGACUGGAAACGAGCAAUCCGGAUGGGUGGAGUCAUGCUAAGAAAGAUUAUGGAUUCGGGCCAACUGGACUUCUAUCAACACACUACAUUGUGUUCGAACACUUGCCGUAGCACCAAAUUUGACCUUUUAAUCAACAACACGCUGUUCCCACCUGACAGCAGCGGACUCUCAUCGACAUCUUCUCAAGCACAGCAGUCCUUUGCUAAUGGUAAGAUAGUUGGAGACAAUAUGACCGAGAGGCCGAGUGAAAAGGAGGACUGCAUCUUAAGUUCAGCAGAAUAUGUCAAUAAGGACUCUCCUGAAAUCUCAGAAGAUACGCUAAAUUUCUGGAAGGGAAUUGCUGAUGUGGGUUUACUGGGUGAAGUGGUGACCAAAAUCAGUACCGAGCUCCUGGAUUUGCUGAACCGCUUGCAGUUGUUGAAGGAGUCCGUUGUCUUGCAGAACACAGAGGUUGCAGUGCUUAGUAAUCUUGGCCAGGUGUUUGGACUGCUCAACUCUGUCAAGAAGAUGCUGGUGAAGAGGCGACAGGAAACUGAUCCCAGCCAGGCGCAAAUUCUUCAAAUCCUUUGCAACCUGGAGUUACAGUUGGCAGAACAGCGAAAGCAGCAACAGAGUCAAGCUGUCCUGUCAUGCCCACACCCUUCCAAAAGCAUGACCACAAUCAAACGGCAAACAAAGCGACCCCGUUUGCAGAAGCCCGUUACUACCACCACCCUCCUGACGUCGAGCAUCAACCAUCCUGCCCUGACACCUCCACAGUUCACCAUUCUGUCCCCAAUUUCCUUAUCAUCUCUGGGUCAGCCAUUUGCUGUGGCAGAGCUACCGAUCACAUCCCUCGCCCAGUCAUCCAGCACUGUCACUCUCCUCCCCACCGGCUCACAGGUCUUCACACGGAACAUGGUGACUGGAGACGGAAAAGCUGACAGUGUUACCUUACACACGUCUUCCAACCUCACACUGGUGGAUACUAGUCCCGUGCAUAACUCAAGCCGGUUGAGUACAAUGGUCAAACCUGUCGAGCUGCUACACCUGAGCCAGCAAGCUGUGUGCACAGAAGCAGUACCCAUCGAGGCACAGGUGCUGGAUGGCGCCAUGUUGGUGCAGCAGAAGUUAAUGCAGGGAGAGGUGGAGGCCAGCCAGGAGCACACAGUCAUCGAGAUCAAGCCACAUUCAGUUGAAGAAGGUGAAGUCAUGGCGGUACAGCUGACCGGCGAGUCAGGUGGAGAUGAGGCUGGUAUCGUCCAGCGGAGGAUGGAGGUCGCAGGCGUUCGGGGGCUGGAGUUGGAUGCCGAUGGACAUGUACCGGGUGUACACAUUGUGGUGAUAAGAGAAAGUAUUCAGGAAGAAAACCAAGUUAAAUAAGAAAUACAUGUUCAUCGCGGUAGGCAUUGAAAAACCGGUUAGCUUUUCGAUCACUUCAUUUCAUAACUGGAAUUUAAUAAAUUGCAUUAAAAAAAAACAUCGA